GCUACUUGAGGGUCCUGCCUCGCUUGCCGUAGGAAACACGGAAAAACUGCGGGCAUGGUGUUGGUCGGUUAGCAUGCUAGCCGUUUUAGGCUGUUUAUUAUCAUGACAAAAUGUUCAGUAACACGCUUUAUUUUGUAUGUUGAUGAGGGAGAAUGUGGCGGGCAUGUGGCUAAAUAAUGGGGAGCGUUUUUGGGAGAACGAGUAGACCUUCUCGUGUAACGGAGCAGGACAAAGCAAUUUUGCAAUUGAAGCAGCAGAGAGAUCAGCUGAAGCAGUACCAAAAGAGAAUCACCCUACAACUGGAGAAAAAAGCACUGCUGCUGCUUAAGAAAAAACGAUAUCAGGAUCAGCUAUUAGACAAGACUGAAAAUCAGAUUUCAAACCUAGAGCACAUGGUUCAAGACCUUGAGUUCAUGCAAAUUGAGAUGAAAGUCGUUGAGGGGCUUAAGGUUGGCAAUGACUGUCUGAGGAAUAUGCACGAGAUCAUGUCAGUAGAAGAUGUGGAGAGAAUCCUGGACGAGACCCAGGAAUCAGUUGAAUAUCAGAGGAAAAUAGAUGAAAUGCUUGCUGGAGCCCUGACGCAGGAGGACGAGGUUGCUGUUUUAGCAGAGUUGGAAGCUAUCACUCAGGGAGAAGAUGUAGCACUUCCAGAAAUCCCCAGUGAGCCAUUGCCAGAAUUCCCAGAGGCAGCUAAAGCUGCACCAGAGAGGAGAGAGUCAAAGAGCAAGCCAGACAGAGAGAUGUUGGCAGCCUAACAGAAUGAAUUUGAGGCCGAUUUUCAACACUGAGCUCCAGAUACAUGGUUGUAUGUGUACUGGUGGGCAUCCUGUUUAUUUUAGUAUUUCUUUAAUUGUUAGUAGGUGAAAGUGGGAACUGCAGACAUCAUUAUUAUCACAUUUUACAGGAUCAGCACUGUGUCUGAUGUGAUGCUUUGCUCCCCUGAGGUGUCUUCAUAAAGCAAGGGAAAUGUUCUGUCUGUCUUGGGUUUCUCAAAGCAAUGGCACACUGUAACUUCAGUGGUUAAGGCAUUACAGAAUGACAGAAAUAAUUUUUAAAUGUUUUACACAUUAAAUUAAGUGGUUUUACAUAUUAAAUUGAGCUGUGGCAACA